CCUACUCGGCUUGUACCGAGCAGUUCUUUCCUUGGCAACAUCAUUUCCCAUCCGAAAGUCUCCACCCCUCCCCCACUAUUUUCCUCAGAUAAUUUUCUCCGUCGCCGGUCACGAAAAUCGAAAAUUUACAGCGCCUUUUCCCGAACCGGACCGGAAAUCACUUGAAGGAGCUGUUCGUCUUCUCUACCGCCGAAUCACCCCGAGUUCUGAAGGGUGAUUCCGCUGGGUUCUUACGGCCGAUUAUUUGAGCCGACCUAAGUGGUCUGUACCGAUUACGAUUCAACGAACCAUAGUCAGCUCUCUAAUGUGAUCGGGUUUGGUUAAGUCAAAGCCGGAGACUCAAAAUGGAUCGGGCCGCGAUAGCCGUUGGGCUGGGUAUGGAUAUGCCGAUCAUGCACGACAGCGAUCGGUACGACUUUGUCCGAGAUAUCGGGUCGGGUAAUUUCGGGGUCGCCAGGCUGAUGAGAGACAAGCACACCAAGGAGCUUGUGGCCGUCAAGUAUAUCGAGCGGGGAGAUAAGAUAGAUGAAAAUGUACAAAGAGAAAUCAUUAAUCACAGGUCUCUGAGGCAUCCCAACAUUGUUAGGUUUAAAGAGGUGAUUUUAACCCCAACCCAUCUGGCGAUUGUUAUGGAAUAUGCAUCUGGAGGAGAGCUUUUUGAGCGAAUAUGCAGUGCUGGGCGCUUUAGUGAGGAUGAGGCACGCUUUUUCUUUCAACAACUUAUAUCUGGAGUCAGCUACUGCCACGAAAUGCAAGUAUGUCACCGGGACUUGAAGCUGGAAAACACGUUGUUGGAUGGAAGCCCAGCUCCUCGGUUGAAGAUUUGUGAUUUUGGGUAUUCCAAGUCCUCGGUUCUUCAUUCACAACCAAAGUCAACCGUGGGAACUCCUGCCUACAUUGCUCCAGAAGUACUGCUAAGGCAAGAGUAUGAUGGCAAGAUUGCAGAUGUGUGGUCAUGUGGGGUGACCUUAUACGUGAUGCUGGUGGGAGCAUAUCCUUUCGAGGAUCCUGAUGAACCAAAGGAUUUCCGCAAGACUAUACAAAGAAUUCUCAGUGUCCAGUAUUCCAUUCCCGACGGCAUUCAAAUAUCUUCAGAGUGUCGUGACCUGAUCUCAAGAAUUUUUGUUUUUGAUCCUGCAACGAGGAUCACCAUUCCUGAAAUCAAGAACCAUGAGUGGUUUUUGAAGAAUCUUCCAGCGGACUUGAUGGAUGAAAGAAUGAUGAGCAACCAGUUUGAAGAGCCAGACCAACCAAUGCAGAACCUUGAUGUGAUCAUGCAGAUAAUUGUUGAGGCCACCAUUCCAGCAGUUGGGACUAAUAGCCUCAACCAGUAUUCAGUAGACAACCUGGAUAUGGAUGAUGACAUGGACGACUUGGAUUCUGACUCGGAGCUUGAUAUCGACAGUAGUGGGGAGAUAGUCUACGCACUGUGACACCUCUUCUGCAUGAUAGUGAGUUCUUUGGGCCUAGGGCUGUGUGAACUUGAAGAUCUAACUAAGAGAGUGUGGUAGUAGUGUCUCUGGUAGAUUAGAGUAGACAAGACCUUAGAGAAGUGUGUGAUGUUAAUGUCAGCAGUGCUCCUUGAAGUGGUGUUCAUAACAUGAAGCUAGCUUUUCACCUCUGUGUCUCUGCAGUUUGAUUUUUACAGCUUUAUAAAGGGUGGUGGUGGUGGAUUAAAAUCGGACUGGAGGUGUUGUAAGCCACCCCUUCUCACUCCCGGUUGAACCCUUGUUUGUUUGUUGUUUUCGCAUUCUGUUCUUUGUGUUGUGGCUUAAAUACAUGGAUGUAUACUUCAACAGUUCUUGUGCAAUUUUCAUUAAAUUUAGCAGGGUACUUUUCUCAUUGUA